AUGGAACAUUUCUGGGAUUUUUCCAUUUCAGUUCAUGAAUCAUGAAACCAACACUUUACAUGUUACCUUUAUAUUUUUGUUCAGUGUACAAUGGUGUUUGUUCUUCACUGGCUGCCCUUUUUCUUGUGGUAACCGGUCACACAUCUCUCUCCCUCUCUAGCAGCUUGCUUGCCUCUGUUGUCAUUGGCCACCUGCUGUGACAAGGGACAGCAGCAACCAUACAUUAACACGGUCUCAGAACAGAGAGUACCGGGACUAAUCGGUCCUCCCGAUAGACGCACUAACCAACCGGCGGAACCAAAACAGUUUCUUGUGCUGGUACAACCAGAGAAGUCGUGAGACUUCAUGAGAAGUCGCCUACAUGACAAGGAGUCUGCUUACGUUAGCUCAACCAACCAUAGCGGUUGCGAACGGCUGAUCAAACUUUGCAACCUGCUGUUUUUGUUACGGGCGACAGGAGACAGACGGGGAGUGCUCCUUGCCAGGAGACGGGUCUAAUCAUUAACCCGGGUUAGUUGCCCCCCUCAUUGGAGGAACUUCUUGCAUGGAUACAUCAUGGCUACGUUUGUCUGCAGGGUUCAGUUGCUAGACGACAUUGAUCCAUUCAACAGCACCAAUUUCCCGGAGCCGACGAGACCGCCGCACUACACGUUCCGAGAGGAUAUCCCGCUUAUCAAUCAGAUAGCAGGAGUCCACAGGCUUCUUAGAGCCCCUCAUAAGCUUGAUGACUGUGCGUUGCAGCUGUCCCAUAAUGGAACCUACCUGGACCUGGAGUCUUCUCUGUCUGAACAGAGGGACGAGCUGGAGGGCUUCCAGGAGGACACAGCAGGGACCAGAGGGAAGAAGCAUAGUGUUGUCUUGCGGACCCAGCUGACUGUUCGAGUACACGUGUGUAUCGAAAAACUCUACAACUCCAAUGGACGUGACUUGAGGAGGGCUCUCUUCUCUCUCAAGCAAACAUUUCAGGACGAUAAGGACCUGGUCCAUGAGUUUGUGAUGGCAGAGGGCCUUACCUGUCUCGUCAAGGUUGGAGCAGAGGCCGACCAGAACUACCAGCACUACAUACUUGGAGCUCUGGGACAGAUCAUGCUGUAUGUGGAUGGAAUGAAUGGAGUCAUCUGUCACAUUGAGACCGUCCAGUGGCUCUACACUCUCAUUGGCUCAAAAUUCCGUCCGGUGGUGAAGACAGCUCUGAAGUUGUUGCUGGUGUUUGUGGACUACUCAGAGUCCAACGCCCCUCUACUUAUAGAGGCCAUCACUACUGUAGACACCAAGAGAGGCUGUAAGCAGUGGUCUAAUGCCAUGGAGAUGUUAGAUGAGAAAGAUGGAGUGGACACAGAGCUACUGGUUUACGUCAUAACCCUCAUCAACAAGACCCUGUCAGCGUUACCUGACCAGGACUCCUUCUAUGACAUGGUGGAUGGGUUGGAGGACCAGGGGAUGGAGGCUAUAGCUAAGAGGUUCCUAGGGAGGAGAGGAACUGACCUGGACCUGAUGGAACAACUCACUAUCUACGAGGCGACUCUACGUCAUGAGGAUGGUGAUGAUGACUCUCAUCCUCCAACGGGGCUCUCUGGCCACAGGGACUGCCGCCGCGCCAUUUUCGGGGACAAGAGGAGGAGCUUGGAUAGGAGGCGGAGCCGCAGAGAAUCCUUAGGACGGUCUGGGAUCGCAUCCCCCUGUAGCCCAUCGCCUCAACGCUCUGGGUUCCAACCCUUCAAGGGAAGAGGAGGAGAGGACAUGAGCAAGAGAGAGGAGAAGUAUGAGGAAGAGGAGGAGGAGGAGGAGGAGGAACUUGAAGCUCCAAUCACAGAGUCUGAUUCUGAUGGGAUGGAGGGGCCUGAGAGAGGAACUAUUAGUGAGGCAAUACCCAGAAGAUCUACACAGAACCAGUCAACAGCCGGUGUUCACAGAACCAACUCCAUCAAUUCCUCCAACUGCAUCACUUUGAGAAAAGAGAAAGAAAAAAGAGAGAGAGAGCAGGAGGGAGAGAAAAGCUGCCUAACUCCUCCUCCUCCUCCUCCUCCUCCUCCUCUGCUGUCCUCCCCCACCUCCCCUCUAGCUGCUCCUCCUCCUCCUCCUCCUCUGCUGUCCUCCCCCACCUCCCCUCUAGCUGCUCCUCCUCCCCCUCCGAUCUCCUCCCCCACCUCCCCCUUGGCCCAGCCCUCUCAGCUGGCAUCCCUCCUCGCUAGGCGUAAGUCCUCUGUCACCGUCCCUGCUACCAAUGAAAUCAUCACGCGGGGUACCGUCCACCCCUCCCCUGAGCGCAUGCCCUACCUCCCCCACUCCCCCUUCCAUCUCUUCUCUUACGACUUUGACGAGGAACCGAUGCCGCAGGCUACCAAACAGGAAGUGGACUCCAAGGCUACUGCUGCUGCCAGGUCUCCUCUGGGUGGUCUCCUCUCCUCCUCCUACAGACAGCAUCAGGAGUCCCUGUCGGCCGAGAGAGAGAGACGACGUGCAGAGAGAGAGGAAAGACUGCAGAGGAUAGAGAGAGAGGAGAGGAACAAACACAGUCGAGACUAUGUGGACAAAAUGGAAGAAGCCAGGAUGGCACGGGAUGAGAGGUAUAAGCGCGUGGUGUUUGAGACCUUUGACCGAGUGGAAGCCUGCCCCCCUCUCUCCUCCCUGGCGUCUCAGGACCAGGAACCAGAGGAACCAGAGGAACCAGAGGAACCAGACACACCCUCAGAGACUGAACAACUGAAGCCAGAGCCCUUCACUUCCUGUCUAGAACCAGAAGUGGUAGAAGAGGUAGCAGAGGAGGAAGAGGUAGCAGAGGAAGAAGAGGAGGAAGAGGUAGAAGAGGAAGAAGGGGAGGAAGAGGUAGAAGAGGAAAAUAAUGAAAGAAAUAAACCUAAGCAUGACGCAGAGGAAGAAACAAGAGCAGGGAACGAGGAAGAAGAGGAGGAGGGGCAAGAGGAGGAAGAGGUUGAGACAACGCCAGAGAAGGAAGAGGAGAGGGAGGAUGGGGAAGAGGACAGUGGGAUCCUGAGCGACAAGGAACGACAGAAUGAAGAAGUGAAUGAGAAAGACAAUGUCUCGGCCUCCAGUAUCUCAUCUCCCAGCAGGACCCUGGAGAGAGAGGAGAGGGGGAGCAAUGACAAUGGGAGUGUUAAGGAGGUGGAUGUGAAUAAACAGUGCAGCAACAUCCUCAACAGCAAACGCUUCAUGGACAUGCUCUACUCCCAGAACAAGGAGCCCUGCGAGGAGGAAGAGGAUGAGGAUGAGGAGGGGAAGGAGAAAGGAGUGGAGGGAAAGGCCAACCAGGAUGCCAUCAGACUGCCUGACGAGGGAGAGGAAAAACACCCGGAAAAAACAGAAUCUCACUCCAACGUCAGAGUGUUCGCUGAACGUUUCGGGGAUCUAGUAAAGGGACUGGGCUCGCCUCACACCCCCCUCAAUAAACCCCCUCACGAGGCCCCCGUUGUAGAUCAAGAGAAGUCCCGUCCACCUUCCCCUAAGAAGGAGUCAGAUAGCAUCUGGGACCAGCUCCUGGCCAGUCCUAGGGAGCUGCGCAUCGGAGACAUGGACUUCACAGACCUGAAAGAAGAAGACGAUGAAGACAUUCUGAAUGCCGGUCUGAUGAGGGGUUCAGACUCCCUGUGUCCCCCUUCUCCACCAACCCCUAACCCUUACCUCUCUACCUGCCCCCUGCCCGGCUGCCCGCCACCACCCCCCAUGCCUCCCUUCUCCCCCACGGCCUCCGCCCCUCCACGUCAAUCAGAACCACCUCUGUUUCAGAAGAAGAAGACUGUCAGGUUGUUCUGGACUGAGGUGCUUCCGUCAGACUACCAGUACAUUAGCAGCAGGAGCAGUGGAGACUCUCUGUGGUUCAAACUAGAGCCGGUCAAGAUAGACACGUCCAAACUAGGACACCUCUUCCAGACCAAGUCCAAGGAGAUGCCUGUCACCAAGAAGACUGCGGCAGACGGUAAACGCCAAGAGGUCAUCGUUCUGGACUCCAAGAGGAGUAACGCCAUCAACAUCGGACUGACCGUCCUGCCUCCUCCUCGCACCAUCAAGACCGCCAUCCUCAACUUUGAUGAGUACGCACUCAACAAGGAGGGCAUCGAGAAAAUCCUGACGAUGAUCCCUUCGGAGGAGGAGAAGCAGAAGAUUCAGGAUGCUCAGCUGGCCAACCCUGACGUCCCCCUGGGCUCAGCAGAACAGUUUCUCCUCACCCUGUCCUCCAUCAGCGAACUGUCAGCCAGACUACAGCUCUGGGCCUUCAAGAUGGACUACGAGGCUACGGAAAUGGAAGUGGCAGAGCCGCUGCAGGAUGUGAAGGAGGGGAUGGAGCAGCUGGAGAAGAACAUGACGCUACGCUACAUCCUGUCUACGCUGCUUGCUAUAGGAAACUUCCUCAACGGCACCAAUGCCAAAGGCUUUGAGUUGAGUUACCUGGAGAAGGUUCCUGAGGUGAAGGACACGGUUCAUAAACAGUCUCUGCUGCACCAUGCCUGUUCCAUAGUGGUAGACAACUACCCUCAGAGUACUGACCUUUACUCUGAGAUAGGAGCUAUCACACGCUCUGCCAAGGUGGACUUUGACCAGCUGCAGGAAAACCUGACAAUGAUGGAGCGCCGUUGGAAAGCAUCAUGGGACCAUCUGAAGGUGAUGGCCAAGCACGAGAUGAAGCCCACCCUGAAACAGAAGAUGUCUGACUUCCUGAAGGACUGUGCUGAGAGGAUCAUUAUCCUGAAGAUAGUCCAUGGCAGGAUCAACAACAGGUUCCGUGCGUUCCUGCUGUACCUGGGCCACCCAGCCUACGGUGUGAGGGAGAUCGGUGUCCAACGUUUCAGUAAGAUCCUCAGUGAGUUCGCUCUGGAGUACCGGACCAGCCGCGACCGCGUCCUGCAGCAGAAACAGAAACGAGCCGACCACCGCGAACGCAACAAGACCCGCGGCAAGAUGAUCAUGGACGUCAACGCGCCCCCUGAUGAAGAGGAGGAAAUGGAGUCUGCAGGGCAGUAUGUUAGCAGCAGCAGUGCCCCUGGUGGCGUGGUGGAGAGCUUGCAGCCUCAGGGUUUAGGCCAUGCUGAGGAUGCUGCAGAGCAUGAGUUCAUGAAGGCAGUACUGAAGACCAGCCUGCAGGGCGGCGACAGAGAGACAUCAGGGGUGCCGAGGCUACGCACACGUACCAGGUCACGUCCAGGCCGAGGGGGUGAGGGAGAUCACACACACACAGGUCGUGUACAACACGUACGGACGCCGCCCGCAGCGGUGGGGGUGGAGUCUCAGAGGUCAGAUGACGAUGAGGCUGAUGACAUCACGGAUCGCAUCGUGAGGUCAGCCACUCAGGGCACAAGUCAGAGGGCAGUGCCCCGGGAGAGGAGGAGGUCACGAUUCAACCGCAAAUCACUGAGGCGGACUCUAAAAAGCGGUCUGACUCCAGACGAAGCUCUACUCCUUGGAUUCGCCGACGCCUCCGGAAUGCCAAUGUGACAUCAUCGCCCCCAUGGAAACGCACCCUGGAACGCCUUCGUGACCCCAUGUCACGCUUCUGCCUUCACCUCGCCCCGCCCCGCCCCCCAGAACACCCUGUCAGCCAAUCGGUAGCCUUGUUAGCAGCUUCUGUUGUACCGGAGGCGAAUCACGCGUUAGCUUCAUGUGUCUGUGGUUUAUAAUGGCGUCUUUGUUGAAGCCCCUCAAGGAAUGAAGGAGAAAAAAAAUUGAGACAAGGGAGAGUGAAAUGUAUUUUGUGGAAAAAGAGGAAGGUGGUUUUAAUGAGAAUAAAUCGAGAACGAAUCUCAAAAUGUGUCAUCUUCAAUAUGCCUCAUGGCUUGAUUCAUCACUUUGAUUAUAAUUUAUAUUUGUCGUUUAUUUAACUGUUACAGCAUAUAGAUAUGAAAGAAACAAAAGGGAGAAUAUUUGUUGCUUGCUGCGUUUCUACCUACCUACAGCAGGACUAUAACUUACUGCGUUUCUACCUACCUACAGCAGGACUAUAACUUACUGCGUUUCUACCUACCUACAGCAGGACUAUAACUUACUGCGUUUCUACCUACCUACAGUAGGACUAUAACUUACUGCGUUUCUACCUACCUACAGUAGGACUAUAACUUACUGCGUUUCUACCUACCUACAGUAGGACUAUAACUUACUGCGUUUCUACCUACCUACAGUAGGACUAUAACUUACUGCGUUUCUACCUACCUACAGCAGGACUAUAACUUACUGCGUUUCUACCUACCUACAGUAGGACUAUAACUUACUGCGUUUUUACCUACCUACAGUAGGACUAUAACUUACUGCGUUUCUACCUACCUACAGUAGGACUAUAACUUACUGCGUUUCUACCUACCUACAGUAGGACUAUAACUUACUGCGUUUCUACCUACCUACAGUAGGACUAUAACUUACUGCGUUUCUACCUACCUACAGCAGGACUAUAACUUACUGCGUUUCUACCUACCUACAGUAGGACUAUAACUUACUGCGUUUUUACCUACCUACAGUAGGACUAUAACUUACUGCGUUUCUACCUACCUACAGUAGGACUAUAACUUACUGCGUUUUUACCUACCUACAGCAGGACUAUAACUUACUGCGUUUCUACCUACCUACUGUAGGACUAUAACUUACUGCGUUUCUACCUACCUACAGUAGGACUAUUACUUACUGCGUUUCUACCUACCUACAGCAGGACUAUAACUUACUGCGUUUCUACCUACCUACAGCAGGACUAUAACUUACUGCGUUUCUACCUACCUACAGCAGGACUAUAACUUACUGCGUUUGUACCUACCUACAGCCGGACUAUAACUUACUGCGUUUCUACCUACCUCCAGUAGGACUAUAACUUACUGCGUUUCUACCUACCUACAGCAGGACUAUAACUUACUGCGUUUCUACCUACCUACAGCAGGACUAUAACUUACUGCGUUUCUACCUACCUACAGUAGGACUAUAACUUACUGCGUUUCUACCUACCUACAGUAGGACCUUAACUUACUGCGUUUCUACCUACCUACAGCAGGACUAUAACUUACUGCGUUUCUACCUACCUACAGCAGGACUAUAACUUACUGCGUUUCUACCUACCUACAGCAGGACUAUAACUUACUGCGUUUCUACCUACCUACAGCAGGACUAUAACUUACUGCGUUUCUACCUACCUACAGCAGGACUAUAACUUACUGCGUUUCUACCUACCUACAGUAGGACUAUAACUUACUGCGUUUCUACCUACCUACAGCAGGACUAUAACUUACUGCGUUUGUACCUACCUACAGCCGGACUAUAACUUACUGCGUUUCUACCUACCUCCAGUAGGACUAUAACUUACUGCGUUUCUACCUACCUACAGCAGGACUAUUACUUACUGCGUUUCUACCUACCUACAGCAGGACUAUAACUUACUGCGUUUCUACCUACCUACAGCAGGACUAUAACUUACUGCGUUUCUACCUACCUACAGUAGGACCUUAAGUUACUGCGUUUCUACCUACCUACAGCAGGACUAUAACUUACUGCGUUUCUACCUACCUACAGCAGGACUAUAACUUACUGCGUUUCUACCUACCUACAGCAGGACUAUAACUUACUGCGUUUCUACCUACCUACAGCAGGACUAUAACCUACUGCGUUUCUACCUACCUACAGCAGAACUAUAACUUACUGCGUUUUUACCUACCUACAGCAGGACUAUAACUUACUGCGUUUCUACCUACCUACAGUAGGACUAUAACUUACUGCGUUUCUACCUAACUACAGUAGGACUAUAACUUACUGCGUUUCUACCUACCUACAGUAGGACUAUAACUUACUGCGUUUCUACCUACCUACAGUAGGACUAUAACUUACUGCGUUUCUAUCUACCUACAGUAGGACUAUAACUUUUUAUUCAAGCUUUAGGGUUUAAAGACAGAAUCAAGUUUCACUCAUUUCCUCUCACAGUAAAGAAUGGGGUCAUGACCUUUUGACAACAACAGCAUUGGAGCAGGAAUUCUAAAGGCUGACCAUCACGAUUCAAUAAUUACACACACUGCUUUUGUAGUCUAAGGGACAACAACUGUCACAAUAAGCUUCUCAAUCAUUUUACCAGGUAACACAUUUACAGCAACAACCGGGGGAAUAGUUACAAGAAAGAGGAAUGAGCCAAUUGGAAGCUGUGGAGGAUUAGGUGGCCAUAAUGGUAUGAGGAAUUUAUCCAGGACACCAGGGGUUAACACCCCUACUCUUAGGAUAAGUGCCAUGGGAACUUUAGUGACCACAGAGAGUCAGGACACCCGUAUAACAUCCCAUCCGAAAAACGGCACCCUACACAGGGCAAUAUCCCCAAUCACAGCCCUGUGAUAUUUUUUUUAGAUCAGAGGAAAGAGUGCCUCCUACUGGCCCUCCAACACCACUUCCAGCAGCAUCUGCUCUCCCAUCCAGGGACCGAUUAGGACCAACCCUGCUUCACUCCAGAGGCAAACCUGCAGUGGGAUCCAGGGUGAUGUAUGUUGCUGGCUUAGAGUAUUUUCUUCUCAUCGUUUUUAGUGAGAAACUCGUGAUUUACAUGUGUCAUGCAUCAGAUCAGAAUAUCUCAUUCAUUAGAUGUGUGUGUUUGGUGUGUCUUUUUUGUUGUUUUACAGAUAUCCUACAGUAUCUUUUUUUUUCUGACAUAUUUCUCAUCAACUUUCUCUCUCCGUUCAUACCUUUUGCUCCAGAGUUUUUUACCGGUUACAUUGACAGGGGGGAAAAAAAAAAAAAACCAGACUGGCCAUAUUAUAGUACAGAGAGUACUAGCCUCCACCUAGACCACGCCCAUCUGAACUGUCACUGUGUUGUAUUGUUUCUUAUUGGUCGAGUUGAAAAUAAAUCUCAUGAGAGUUUUCAUUGAUGUUGUACUACGUUUUUUUUUUCCUUCUUCGUUUUAACAAAUUUGUUUUUACUUAAAUGGAUUAUUGUUUAAUUUAUACCCGUUGUUUCUCAACAAGAAGAAAAUAGAAUUAUAAUUAAAAAAAUAAAAAUAAAGGAAUAUCAGACAACGUUUCAGAGAAAACUGUUUAUAAAUUAUAAGAACAACAUUUUUUAAAAAAUAAGUUGAAAUGUAAAGUAUUUUGAAGGAAAAUGAAAAUGCAAAGCAAUCUGUAUAGAUGUUACUGCCAUCUGCGUUGGGCUCAUUUGAUGUUUUAGUGUGUUUUUAUGUUCGUAUUAUAUUGUAAUAAAAUCUGUAGAACGGUGUUCUAUAGCCUGAGAGACAAA